AAUACUGUCCGUGGCACGAGACAGACGUGAAGCGGCGGAGGACGAACAGCAAGUCUUAUCGGAUAUUCUGGCUUUAAUCCGGUAUUUUACUGGCUUCAUUUCCACCCGUUCAGAGCUUUAACCGUGAAAGGAAGCAGGUCUCUUUUAAAGGAUUUUCACUGUGGGUUUUUUUUUGGGGGGUAGAUUAGCGUUUAGAGUCUGUAACGUCUCCUCUUCUUUUCCACGCCACAUAUUUAAGAGCUCUCUGUAUGAAUAGUUUUCUCGCUCCUCUGUCUCCACGGACUUCGGUUUUUUGCUACUGGAGGAGCAUUUUUACCGAUUCGAGAUGACGGAAAUCAGCGAAAAAGAAAGCGAACCUCAGAACCGGGACCUAAACCGGCAGGGCACCACCGUCUCCGGUCAACCGGAAUCAAAGCUGCAGCGGCUGAAGCGCUCCCUGUCCCUCAAAUCAGUCAUACGCAGCAAGAGCGUGGAUAACUUCUUCCAACGGAGCAACGGCGAAUCUCGGCCGGUCUCGGCCAUCAUCACAGCGCCGCCACCUCCAUCAUCUCCUCCUCCCUUCUCUGAAUCCCCUCUGGGCUAUGAGCGCUCUCCCUCUCUAUCCCCAUCAGUCAGCCCCAACCCUUCCUUGUCUUCACAUUCCCCUUCCAUCAGCCCUUCGCUGUCCCGGACCUUAAAGAACCAGCUGAAGUCUCAGCCAAUGCAACCGGUCAAAACUCACUGUUUCCAGGAGCAUGUCUUCCGUAGGCCUACCAGCUGCCAGCGAUGCAAACAUAUGAUCCAAGGAAAUUCCAAGCAAGGGCUGCGUUGUAAAGCCUGCAAGCUGGCGGCUCAUCUUUGGUGUUCCUCUGAACUAUCUCAGCAGGCCUGUAACGGCAAGUCUGGAGCCUUUAAGAGAAACUUCAGCUCUCCUCUGCUAACCAUUGAUCCACUGAGUAUAGUCAAGGAGGCUCCAGCUGCCCAGGAGACAGAGAAUGUCAUCGUUGACCCUGUGUAUGAAGCACUGCGUUAUGGGACGUCAUUGGCUCAGAUGAGUCGCUCCAGCUUUGGAAGUAUCUCCGAAUCCCCUUGUCAUGAGUCUGAUACACUGCAAGGUAAACUAGAAAACCAACCAAUCGCUGAAGAGGAAAUUAUUCCAGGAAUGCUCACCCCUCCUGAAAGCGAGAAGGCUGAUUCAGAGGACAGGGUCAGCCUGAAGACUCCGAAGCGAGUCGAAGUUCACUCCAUUCACACGUACAUCGCCCUCUACAAGUUUCUGCCUCAGGAGAAGAAUGACCUGGAACUACAGCCUGGCGACCGAAUUCAAGUCACGGACGACUCCAACGAAGACUGGUGGAAGGGGAAAAGCAGAGACAAGGUGGGAUUUUUCCCAGCCAACUUUGUCCAGCGGGUCCGACCGGGUGAGCGGGUGUGGAAGGUCACCACUGCUUUCCAUGGCAAUCGAGACAAAGGCCAGAUGACUGUGAAAGAGAAUCAGAUCUGCAUCGGGAAAAACGAGGAGAUUGACGGCUUCCUUCGGCUGACUAGCGGGAAGAAGAGAGGCCUUGUCCCUGUGAUGUUUCUGCUGGAAAUAUGAUGGCAGUAUUUCAGAUUUCUCCUUGAUUUAGCAGAGGAGCUCCCAGGGAUGGAGGAAUACUCAGGAGUGUUUAGCCAUCACCUCACUGACAACCAUCCACCCUCCUCCACCCCUCCAAGCAUCACUGCUGCAUCUCGAGUGGAAAACAGCCUGCAGCUUUGGCUUUUUGGCUGAAGAUUAAGACAACCAGGAGCUUCUUCAGAGCUACUUUGCUUGUAGCACAGCUUCACUUUGUGAAGCUUCUUAUAUUUUCACCAGAGGUAUGUAGCAAUUAUUUUCAAGAGAAUGAGUGUGAAGGUACUCUGGCUACCUCAUUAGCCUCUACACUGGCCACUCACUCACAAAAAAAGGGUAAAGGACGUUUUUGUCAUGAUGUCAAGGCAUGUUGAAGUUAUUUGUGAAAAGAAAACUUUGGAUAAUACACUGGAUGUGUAUUGCAGUUGCUUGUGCAAACCUGUUUUUGGUUGAGUAGAGUGAAGAUUAAUAAUUUUGGUCACAAUGUCCAAGUUUAAUGGUACAUAACUCAGAUUCUCAAACAUAAAAUGAUCCAGGUAUUACUGUGUAUUAAUGUCUUUUCUGCUCUAUCUUGGUCCAAUCAAAGUCACAACACACCCUUUCUCUCACACGCACUCAAGGGUUUUCCCUGCAUCCCAAAACGCUUUUCGGUGAUUACAGAAUGGCACAUUUGCACUCUUCACAGUUUCAAUGUGACAAAUACUUGCAUGCACCUUGGGGAGCUCUUAGUUUGCCCUUCAGAGGUUCUCCCAUCCACAUGAUAUUUCAGAGGGUUUGUAUUUUCACUUUCUACUAUGUAGCUCAAUGGAUUAUUAGGAUUUGCGUCCUGUUGCUGCAUCAUAAACAUAAUUUGUCUUAGGCUACGUUCACACUGCAGCCCAAAGUGACUCAAAUCCGGAUUUUUAUUGCCGUGGCUGUUCACACUUCCAAAUAUGUGCAACCUGUAUGUGAUCUCCAGCGUGAACUAUAAACAACCUGAAAGUGUCCCGCAUGCGCAGUAGAGGGCGCAAUAACGUCACACAUAGAGAGCGUGCUAAGUGGUUGUGGAAGUAAACAUGGAUGCUAACGGUGGAGCAUAUCUUACGGUUUUGAAGUUGUUGUCCGACUGGAGCCAGGAUAUUAACAACUUAAUCCUUAUUGUCGUCCGCCAUUGUUGUUUUUCUUCCUGCUUACGCGCAUGGGGACACAGAAUAGUGAGGUUUGUCGAGUAUCAGUGACGUUCAAAUCGGAUGAAUUCGACCUGGACGUUUGGUCACAUCUGAAUCGGAUACGUGUCGGAUGUCCAAGUGGCCUUGGUCGCAUUCGAAAAGAAUCCGACUUUUGUUGUUCAGACUGUCAUGAAAAGAUCAGCUACAGGUCGCAUUACGGCAAAAACAUCGGAAAUGGGUCACUUCAGGCUGCAGUGUGAACGCAGCCUAUGUGUAACGUCCUGUAUUAUUCUCAUGUCAUGCAAUAGGAAAGAGCAAACAAACCAGAACGACUGAUUAAAAGCCAUAUUCAGGUUUCUUGAUGGAGAAAAAUUACUAAAUGCCGUCAGUCUUUUCCACAGAGAACUAAUUUUCAAAUCUCCUUAUUUAUUUAAUUUAUUGAUCUGUCAUAAAUUAUAAGGCUUGGUUAAACUAAGGGUGUUUGUAUAUAGCCUUCUUAAAACAAUGUAUAUAUAUAUAUAUUAGCUCCUGAAAGCAUGCUAACACAAAGUUUUGCAGCUUUGCAGGAGCCGACUGAGGGCAUUAAUUUCUCUAUUCUUACCUGCAGGAGAUUCCUGUUUGUCUCAUGUAUCUGCAGCAUGUAAUGCAUCUCUUUGCUCAAUUACCAUCUCGCCGUGUCAGCACAAAUAUUUCAAGAUACUAUGCACAACAGUUCUAGUCACUCACUUUGUUUUGUUCACAGCUUAUUUCCAAAGCAGCUCAACGUGUCUUUGUCACUCAGUAGUUUUGCGAAGAUUUAAAAUUGGACUUUGAAAUCAGCUGUCUUGUGUGUACACUGUUCUAUUUCAAUAAUCCUCACUGACUAGAACUAGGAUUGGCUCAGGAUAACGAUUACCAGUUUAACCUAACUGCACGCCUACCAGGCUUAGCUCUCAGCAUGAUUGGUCAUCAUGUGAUCCUCAAAUAAUGCUAAUAAAGUUGAAUGAACAUUCAA